GCCCGCGGCCCCGCAGCAUGUGAGCCCGGCGGGGCGGGGAUGCUCUGGCUGCUCUGCGGCCCCUCCCGCGCCAUGGAGAGCCACCAGGUGCUGGUGAUCCGCAUCAAGAUCCCCGACGGCGGGGCCGUGGACUGGACCGUGCACUCGGCGCCCCAACUUCUCUUCAGGGACGUGUUGGAUGUCAUCGGUCAAGUUCUGCCAGAUGCAACGACAACAGCGUUUGAGUAUGAAGAUGAGGACGGAGAUCGGAUUACGGUCAGAAGCGAUGAAGAAAUGAAGGCCAUGCUGUCCUAUUAUUACUCCACUGUAAUGGAACAGCAAGUAAAUGGACAGUUAAUAGAGCCUCUCCAGAUAUAUCCAAGAGCCUGCAAGCCUCCUGGGAAACGGAACAUACAUGGCCUGAAGGUAAAUACACGAGCAGGGUCUGCUAAUAAUAGCAGCUCCGCAGUCUCGGAUUCCCUUCCAAGCAAUAGCUUAAAGAAGUCUUCUGCAGAGCUGAAGAAGAUACUUGCUAACGGGCAGAUGAAUGAACAAGACAUACGGUAUCGAGACAUCCUCGGUCAUGGCAAUGGAGGCACGGUCUACAAGGCAUACCAUGUCCCUAGUGGAAAAAUCCUGGCAGUAAAGGUCAUACCCUUGGAUAUAACGCUAGAGCUCCAGAAACAGAUCAUGUCAGAGUUGGAGAUUCUCUAUAAGUGCGACUCGUCGUAUAUCAUAGGAUUUUAUGGGGCUUUUUUUGUAGAAAACAGAAUCUCUUUGUGUACAGAGUUCAUGGAUGGGGGUUCUUUGGAUGUUUAUAGAAAAAUUCCAGAGCACGUACUGGGAAGAAUAGCAGUAGCUGUCGUGAAAGGCCUUACGUAUUUAUGGAGUCUAAAGAUUUUGCACAGAGACGUGAAGCCGUCCAACAUGCUGGUGAACACACGAGGGCAGGUGAAGCUGUGUGACUUCGGGGUGAGCACCCAGCUGGUGAAUUCUAUAGCCAAGACGUAUGUCGGAACAAAUGCUUACAUGGCGCCGGAACGGAUUUCAGGAGAACAAUACGGGAUCCAUUCGGACGUUUGGAGUUUAGGGAUUUCCUUCAUGGAGCUUGCUCUUGGGAGGUUUCCAUAUCCUCAGAUUCAGAAAAACCAGGGAUCUUUAAUGCCUCUCCAGUUAUUGCAGUGCAUUGUUGAUGAGGAGUCGCCCGUCCUUCCAGCCGGGGAGUUCUCGGAGCCAUUUGUACACUUCAUCACUCAAUGUAUUGCUGAUAAAAUCACCGCGGUGUUUGGAGAGACAGGCAGCCCUGAUUAAUUCCUUGGCUUCCCAGUAAGUAAUUUUUACUGAGAGUCGUACUUUAAAAUGCACUGUUGGGUGUAUUUUCUUUCCUUCAAACCGGAUUGUCCAUUGAAAAGCUUGGAAAUGAGAGGAGAAUGGGCAAGGAGGAAUCUGUGGAAUAAAGAACGCACCUCUCUGAUGUGUGGGGUGACAGCAGGGUCUGAAUGACCCUCAAGUCAUUUAGUAGUGACUAGUGGCAGGAGGCUAAGAAUAUUAAGGGUAAACUCUCCUAACAGAAACAAAGCAAAGGGAAAUUUUAUUUAUUUUUUUCUGCGUGGCAGAAUGAACAAGCUCAAAUUCUGCACAGGCACGGUGUGUGGGAUGGAGGAGCAUCCCUCGCAGUGAGCGCGCCCUGAUGGGGUGCUCACCUAGAUGUGGACGUGGCGGGGUGCCACCCAGGGCUGCGCAGAUGGGGGGACUCCUCUCCUUUUGGGGUUCUCUCCACUGAAGCAGGCAGGCAGUGCCCUCAACUCCACGCACUCGUGCCCGUCGGGUUCGUGGCACAUUCAGAUUGCCUGCUGCCCCAGGGAUUCGUGUAUUUGUACGUAGUGCGGGGCCGAGAUGGGACGCCACAAACAUUGCAGAAACCAAAAGCAGUCUGAUUAUCGGUUAAUUAAAGUUCCUAAAUAAUUAAAGGUUGGAUAACGUAGGCUUCCUUUUUCCAAUAGUUUCAGCUUACAGGCAGAGCUCUGUGUGGAGGGCUCUGCAGCACCGCCGCUGUGCGUGGGGCUGUGCAUUUUUAAUUCCUUCCGAGGGCAAUGACGGACUGCUUGGAAAAAAAAACAGCCCUCGUUCAGGCAGGGGGAGGGAUAACCCGUGUUCAAAUUUCCACAGAUGUCAAAGUGAAGCAUAACUGAUGGUGGCUAAUAGCCUGCCUUUCCCCGGGGAUGCGGCUACUUUGGGCUGUCAGAUUAGAGCUGCUCCCAGCCUGCGUCGGCGCCCGCUGUUACCUGCAUUGUUCCAGUUAUUUGUGGGGAAUGUUUGGUGAUUUCCUUAUCUGUCGGGAGGGUAAAUCAUAUCUGAACUCCUCCUAAUUGCAACGCAGUUCAUCCAGGAUUGCUGAGAUAGUGUUCUAUCGGCUGUACUGCAGGCAGCUCUUUUCAGAAGGGGGCAUUACUGUUUAAAAAUGCACUAUGCGAGAAAGAAAUUGCACUGUGGACUAUUUAAGCAAUCAAUUUCUAAUAAGUAUUAGAGAUGUCAAGUGAGCAGCACACAGGACUUGAUGCCAGUUCCACCAUAAACACUGCUGCUUGGAUGUAAUCCAAUUAGUCAGUAGGCAGCUCCUGAUGGUCACCUCUGUGCCAUGUUAUUGUGUUCCUUCAUGCAGCUAAGCACAGUUUUCAAUAGCUAAUUGCACCUGUUGCACAGAAAACUAGGACUAUUUGGAUGAGAAACAUGAUCUUAUAAACAGCUUAAUGCUGUGUAAUGAACUAUCACCCUGCAGUGUAAUGGAAAUGAAUGGGAAAAAAUUAAGGUAGAAACCCCGGGGUAUUGUGUGUUCUCCUGAAGCUGCUCAGUGUUGGAGUUAAAUUUCCCACCUGUUUGGAUAAUAUGUUGUGCCGAGCUAUGUAAUAAUCCCCAGCAAAACGAGAAGCAUCUUCCUAUGCCUUCUGAGCUGAUUGGUUUGCAGUGAUCUUCAUAUCCACACGUGCUCAUGGCUGCAAGCAGGGCAGGCCAUGAAAUAGAAGGGAAGCUGUUGUCACUGCAUCUCUUGCCCGGGUAAGUAGGCACUUGGAGAAGGAUAUCAGUAGGUAUGACACAUUUCAGAGCUGGUGAAAGGAACCUGUGCCUGUGUAGGGGACUUCAAAGACAUGCAGAGAAAAGUUGAAAGUUGGGCAGCUGUCAGCAGAACACUCAGAAUGGAGAAAUGCUGGCCACAAGGGAUGGGUGGAGGGGGAGGUUGGGCCACGUCUUGGCCACCAUUGGGAGCCGUGUCUUCUGUCAGCCUGUGAUCAAGUUAAGAAAUAGAUGGAGAUUCUGGGCACGGUCUGUCUGUGUUAAAAGAGGAUGUCUUCAAUACUAAAGCAAAUGGAAUAAAUAAACAUCUGUUUAUAUGUGAAUGUUUUCUUUUGUGAU